CCUUCCAGCUGGGUCAGGGAAUAGGAAGGAGAAGGAACUGAGCAGCUGGGGGGAGACCCCCUCAGGCCUUGCCAACGGGAGCCAUGUCGAACAGCGGCCGGAGCCCCCUGCCCACCGUCAAUGAGAGAGACACGGAGCAGCCGGCCUUAGGACAUCCGGAGUCCAAGCCUAGCACAAAGUCCAACAUGCUGCGAGGCCGGACCUCGGCCACCUCAGCAGACGAGCAGCCGCACAUUGGGAACUACCGCUUGUUGAAAACCAUCGGCAAGGGGAACUUCGCCAAGGUCAAGUUGGCACGGCACGUCCUGACGGGGAAAGAGGUGGCUGUGAAAAUCAUCGACAAGACGCAGCUGAACUCAUCCAGCUUACAGAAGCUCUUCCGAGAAGUGCGAAUAAUGAAGGUUUUGAAUCAUCCCAAUAUAGUUAAAUUAUUUGAAGUUAUAGAGACAGAGAAGACACUGUACCUCGUCAUGGAGUACGCCAGUGGGGGCGAGGUUUUCGACUACUUAGUAGCCCAUGGAAGGAUGAAAGAGAAGGAAGCGCGGGCAAAAUUUCGACAGAUAGUGUCUGCUGUGCAGUACUGUCACCAAAAAUUUAUUGUACAUAGAGACUUGAAGGCAGAGAAUCUGCUCUUAGACGCCGACAUGAACAUUAAAAUUGCAGACUUCGGUUUCAGCAACGAGUUCACGUUUGGCAACAAGCUUGACACGUUCUGCGGGAGCCCCCCGUACGCCGCACCCGAGCUUUUCCAGGGCAAGAAGUACGAUGGGCCUGAGGUGGACGUCUGGAGCCUGGGGGUCAUCCUUUACACACUGGUUAGCGGCUCUCUGCCUUUUGAUGGGCAGAACCUCAAGGAGCUGCGAGAACGGGUCUUGAGGGGGAAGUACCGGAUCCCCUUCUACAUGUCCACAGACUGCGAGAACCUGCUGAAAAAAUUCCUCAUCCUUAACCCUAGCAAAAGAGGCACUUUAGAGCAAAUCAUGAAAGACCGCUGGAUGAAUGUGGGGCACGAGGACGACGAACUGAAGCCUUACGUGGAGCCUCUGCCCGACUACAAGGAUCCCAGGCGGACAGAGCUCAUGAUAUCCAUGGGAUACACCCGCGAGGAGAUCCAGGACUCGCUAGUCAGCCAGAAGUAUAACGAAGUCAUGGCUACAUAUCUGCUGCUAGGAUACAAAAACUCAGAGCUUGACAACGACAGCAUUACCUUGAAGCCACGGCCCCAGCCCGACCUCACCAACAGCACCGCCCCCUCCCCGUCACACAAGGUACAGCGCAGCGUAUCGGCCAACCCCAAGCAGCGCCGCUUCAGCGACCAGGUACCAACGAUCCCGACGUCCACGUCGUACUCCAAGAAAACGCAGGCAGCCAACGCGGAGAACAAGAGGCCCGAAGAGGAGCGGGACCGGAAGGCCAGCAGUACUGUCAAAGUGCCGGCCAGCCCAUUGCCGGGCCUCGAGCGGAAGAAGAGCACCCCCUCCCCCUCCACAAACAGCGUCCUCUCGACCAGCACGAACCGGAGCCGCAACUCACCGAUGCUGGAGCACACCAGCUUGGGCCAAAACUCCAUCCAGAACGGCAAAGAUAGCCUAACCACUCCAGGCUCCAGGGCCUCCACUGCUUCAGCUUCCGCCGCCGUGAGCUCCGCGCGCCAGCACCAGAAAUCCAUGUCUGCCUCGGUGCACCCUUCCAAGCCCGCUCUGCCCCCCUCCGACAAUAACUGUGAGGCACAGCGACCCAGCACCGCGCCUCAGAGGGUCCCCGUCGCCUCCCCCUCAGCCCACAACAUCAGCAGCGCCCUCCCCGAGCGCACCAACUUCCCCCGGGGAGUCUCCAGCCGCAGCACCUUCCACGCCGGACAGCUCCGGCAGGUCCGGGACCAGCAGAACCUCCCCUACGGCAUGACCCCUGCCUCGCCCUCCGGGAACAGCCAAGGCAGGAGGGGCGCCUCGGGAAGCCUCUUCAGCAAGUUCACUUCCAAGUUCGUGCGCAGAAAUCUGUCUUUCAGGUUUGCCAGAAGGAACCUGCAUGAGCCCGAAAGCAAAGACCGUGUGGAGACGCUCAGGCCCCACAUGGUCGGCAGCAGCGGGGACAAAGAGCGAGAUGAGAACCGGGAGGCCAAGCCGCGCUCGCUGCGGUUCACCUGGAGCAUGAAGACGACGAGCUCCAUGGAGCCCAACGAGAUGAUGAAGGAGAUCCGGAAAGUGCUGGACGCUAACAACUGCCAGUGCGAGCUGCAGGAGAAGUACAUGCUCCUCUGCAUGCACGGCGCGCCGGGCCACGAGGCCUUUGUGCAGUGGGAGAUGGAGGUCUGCAAGCUCCCCCGCCUCUCCCUCAACGGUGUCCGCUUCAAGCGGAUAUCCGGCACCUCCAUGGCCUUCAAGAACAUUGCCUCAAAAAUCGCCAACGAACUGAAGCUUUAACAAGCCCCCCGGGGGGGCCUGGCCUGCACGCGCAUGGGGGGGGGGUCUGGUUUAGGAGUAAAGCUGCAAUUUUAACUCUGGAAGGGUUUAUUUUUUGAUACCCUGGUGCAGGACGGGAGGGGGGGAGAUUGGGGAAGGGGGAGGGGGGCAGCGGCGGUAUUCGGGGACAUCCCCCCUCCCCGCCCGCCGAAUCUCCAUGGAGACCGAGUGCGUAGGGUGGUGGCUGGCAGCCACCAGGCCGGUCUCCGUGGCAACGGUAGUGGGAGUGUACCAAGGGCUGUUGGUCUCUAUAGCGACGGUGUUGGGGGGCAUCCCUUUUGGUCUCCGUGGUGACCAUGGUACUUUUUUUCCUCUCUUUUUUUUGGUUGCACAUUAGGCAGGGUUUUAAAUUACCAAACACAGCAACAACAAAAAAUCCACUUCCCCUCCCAGUAAGAGCUCCUCCCCCAUCCCUUCUCUGAAUCUCCCACAGUGCCUCUCUCUCUCUCUCUCUCAUGAGCUCUCCCUCCUUUCCCUUCCGGAGUCUGCAUCCCGGUGAUGGUUUCGGGGCCUGGGCUAUGAAUGCAGGGUGGGGAGGGGGAUACCAGGAUGCUUGCGCUUUUUGAUGGGCAUUACUGCAGAGAUGCUUCCUUCCCCACCCCCCCCCGUGGGCUUCCUUCAUCAGGUCUUUGGAGGGGGACAGUGUUAGGGGGCCUGGGAGCUCCCCCGACCUUGCCCCUAGACCCAGCACCUCGCUCUUGCGAUCAAGAGCCCUGGACUUGAGCUGCUGCUGCUGCUGCUGCAAACUCUUCUUCUCCAUACCUGCAUUUGGACCUGGAGGGAAAAGAUCCACCAACCAGCUUUUCUCGCCCCUUCUUCUUCUUCCACCAGGACAUUCCUGCCCUUCUCCUCCCCCACCCAAAGAAACCCGCUUUGGAUGGGAGAUUCUAACCAUCCAUAGUUACCUUCCCGCUUUGGGAAAGCAGAGUAUGUUGGGAUGGGGUAGGGGGUUAAAUUUGCAUUGGAUCCCUUUCUCUCUCUCUGCUUAUCCUCAGUCUCACUCGAGAGUUGCUCGAGGUCUGACAGACUGAAAACGGCAGCGGCUGCCGGGAGCUGAGAAUGCCUUUGCUUUUACAGGGCUAGUUCUUUUAGGUUGGCGGGCUUGACUGCUCCUCGUGGUGCCCUGGCCUAGGCAACUGCGCUGUCGGCCCUGUGGGCGUCUCGUAACCACAUACCUGUCCUUACUCUUUCCCAGUUGCAUGUGACCUGCAAAAAUCAAAUGCCGUAGAACUUGUGGGGGUCCCUUUUUCUCCCAAACCCUUCUUUGGCUCCCCACCCCCACACCAGAGGGUAGCUUUGGGUGCUACAGACAAGCAGGCUGAGCGUGGAGGGGUGCGCGUGAGGACUGUUGCUGGGAAGCUGCUUUUCACCCCCAAACGUUCCCCUUCCUCGAGAAUGCACAGGAUCCAUUGUGAGGUGUGGGUACAGGUGGAAGAGCUCUGUGGUAGGGAUGUGGAUGGGGGGGUGGCGGGAUCUUGUUCCUCUCUGACCAGGCAAGAGGCUUGCUGCUUUCUGCCACUGCCGACCGCGGGGAAGCCCUCAUUACGCCCCCCCCUCCUGCCUUUCCCCAUCCUGGAAAAGGCCAGCAUCCUCCCUCCUUUUAUCCAAAGCACAAGAGAAAAACGGGACCUUGGCAGCAGUUACCUCUUCUGCCCUGCCCCCCUCCCUUGAGCUGGGUUUCUUCCAUUGUCAUAUCUCCACUGAGAAUGUAUUUUCAAGCCCCUCCCCCUGCUGAGCAACCCCACCACCAUCUCUCUCUCUCUCUCUCACGUACACACACAGACACACCUGGUUUGUAUAUAACUGUACUGAUACCUCGGUUUUGUGAGUGGUUUUUUUUUUGUUUAAUUCUGAUCACAAAAAUGCCUUUUUUAAAGAGAAAUCAUGUCCCCCCCCCUUUUUUUGUUCGUCCCCCCCCCCCUUCUCCCUCUAGGGACGCUGCCGUUUGAUGUAGUUUUACAGGAUCUAGAUUAAACUUUCCAGAAAGCA